GGGAGAGACCACUCCACUAGUCCAGCAAAGAUGCCGUCGUCGUCUUCGCGUCGCAAACUGAAACGAUUUUCCGAGAGAGAGAAAGAGGGUCUCAGACACGCGCACAGAAAGCUCGGAGUUCGAGUCAGAGAGAGAAACAAGGGUAGAUUGGGACACCACAAGCAAAAGUGGACGUCGGAGGAGGAAGCUGCCCUAGUCGCCGGAGUUGCGAAGCACGGCGCCGGCAAAUGGAAGAACAUCCUCAAAGACCCAGAAUUCGCACAACCUCUCAGUCUCCGCUCCAACAUUGACCUCAAGGAUAAAUGGAGGAACAUGAGUCCUAGCCUUGGACAAGUUACUAAGAAGAAGAGGAAGAAUCCGAAGAGUUCAUUUCGUUUCACUGUACCUUCUCUUUCACGUCCUAGUGGAACAUCUCGAAAUGUUGUCAUUGAUUCUAAGACUGAAGAAAGGUACAAAGCAUUGAUUUUUGAGGCCCUUUUAACAAUGAAAGAUCCCGAUGGAUCUGAUGUAGGUGCUAUUCGUGACUUUAUUCAGCAAAGGGAUGAGGAGCCCACUCCACAAAAUUUCAAAAGAGUAGUGGGUGCAAGAUUGAGAAGUCUUGUUUCACUAGGAAAACUUGAGAAGACCAGCAAUGGCUUCAAGAUCAAAGAACACUCAAUUGUAGGAACAAAAACCCCUAGUGAGAUGGCGACUUCUACUGAAACAGAAGAUGAUGCUGUUCAUAUUACUGCCUAUAUAAUUGCUGAUGCUGAAAAUAAAUCAUUCUUGGCUGCUGAAGCGAUGGAGGAGGCAGAGAGAGUUUCAAAGAUUGCAGAAGAGACCGAGUCUAUGCUACUGCUAGUGAAAGAGAUCAAUGAACAAUGUUUACGUGGUGAGGUUGUCGACUUGGCUUAGGUAAGCGCUUGUAAGUUUAAGUAGUGAGUUAUCUUGUAAUUUGUAGAAUGUGCAUGUAAAUUCGUCCUUGUAACUUCAGUUAUAACUGAAGUCGAUUCCAUGUGAGAUCAAAGGUAGAUUAGCAUAUAACUGGCUGUUAGUUGUGGCAAAGUAGGUAAAUUUUGCAUCC